GGAGAAGCGGAGAGAUGCAGGCAGUGACUUGCCUUCCAGAAGUGGAGAGAGACAGAGCAGCGUCAGGUCCAAGGCUACAGUUCAGAAUGCUUCUUAUUAAGAUGCUGAACUAUUUCCUGAUUAUAAAUGCUAUUGCAACAAACUUCAGGCAUCUGAAAGCAUCACAUUGCAACUGUAGUAUAAAUAAGCCCGGCCAUCUUCUGCGUACUUUUGAGGAGAACCUUCCGCGUACUUUUGAGGAGAACCUUCCGCGUACUUUUGAGGAGAACCUUCCGCGUACUUUUGAGGAGAACCUUCCGCGUACUUUUGAGGAGAACCUUCCGCGUACUUUUGAGGAGAACCUUCCGCGUACUUUUGAGGAGAACCUUCCGCGUACUUUUGAGGAGAACCUUCCGCGUACUUUUGAGGAGAACCUUCCGCGUACUUUUGAGGAGAACCUUCCGCGUACUUUUGAGGAGAACCUUCCGCGUACUUUUGAGGAGAACCUUCCGCGUACUUUUGAGGAGAACCUUCCGCGUACUUUUGAGGAGAACCUUCCGCGUACUUUUGAGGAGAACCUUCCGCGUACUUUUGAGGAGAACCUUCCGCGUACUUUUGAGGAGAACCUUCCGCGUACUUUUGAGGAGAACCUUCCGCGUACUUUUGAGGAGAACCUUCCGCGUACUUUUGAGGAGAACCUUCCUCUUUCUGUGAUGCUUUCUUUGAUCUGACAGUUUCUCAGUGUGUUGGUCCUGCCGAGGGUUUCAGUGUGAAUGUAUGGCCACGCAAAUAUGGUUGAGAUGAUAGUAAAUCUCUGGAGGCUUUCAAGAGAGCUUUUGCAUUAAAAUAUAUGAAGUUUUAGUAGGCUCAGUUUUAGCCAUGUUUGAACUGCAGAAUUUUAAAAUACCCAGCACAUAUGAUCACAUUAAGUGGAAAGCAUAUUCCUGCAUAUGCCUGAAAUACCUCCAAAGUACAAUGGCAGCUGUUUGAAAGUAUUUAUUAAAUUUGCAGGAAAUGCUGCAAAAUAUUCUUCUUGAGAUAGCUGUGUUGAUUUUAUAUUACACUUUGACUCUUUCCUCUUCUUGUUUUAGUUGCUGGAUGUAUUUGUAUCAGAGCAGACACUUGCUGCAUAGGAGUUCAGCAGUUCUUCCCACUGCAUUGUUUUUCAAACUCCUUGGUCUGAACCUGGUAGUCAGGAGUUAUUUCUGUUCAUUUUGAGCUUUAGCAGAUUAGGUCCUUACUCUUCAUUGCUUUACACAU